UUGAUUAUCAGCGAACCGAUAAGCGUUUUUUUGUAGUCACGAUUCAUAUAUUUAAUAUUUAUUAGUGGAUAUUCGUUGGCCUAUACUAUGGAUAUGAAGUUAUUGGUAUAUCUAUUAUUUCUAUAUGGUAAUGUAAUUUCCAUAAUGUGCAUGAUGAUACCGAGAACCGAUGUUGGAACUAUUCAAAUGAUGUCUUCACAAAGAGCUCGUCGUCAAAUUGAUAUAAAUUUGUCAGCUGAACAUGAUGAGAAUAACGACGAAACAGAAAUUGCUCUAGAAGCUAUAGCCAAUUUGUGGCGUAGUGCUGAUAGCAAAACACAGAUCGAUGGGUCAGCCAAAGUGAUACACAACAGCAAUUCCAUGAAUUCCGGAAAUACACGUUUUUCAGGACGUUUACAUGUUCAUCACGACUAUAGGAAAAAGUGAUCGUUCGUCGUAAAAAUUAUCGUUUCCAAAUUAUUUAAAAUAUAAUGUACAUACAUAUAUAAUAAUACACCCUCACAAAAGUUUGCAUGAUCAUUUAAAAAAUUAUAGUAUAUACACAUAUUUAUGUAUUUAUGUCAAAUUGCCGUCACCGUUAUCAAUAAAGAGAUAAGACAUAACGUAAACACAUCUCUUAUGUAUACAUAAAUAAUGUCCGAUGGUCUUUCAAUCUAAGGGUGUGUUUUGAAUUAGUUGGAUAUCUUUUAAAAACAAUGAAAGGACUAACGUCACCAUAUAUUCUUAUAUUAAUGCUGAUGUAUUCUGCAGCAAUGCGUCAAAAGUUGUAUGACGAAAAACCACAUCUAGAGCAUCUUCAAAGAUAUCAUCGUCAGUUGGAUCUAACAUUAAGUGCUGAUCACGACAGCCGUCGGCAAAAUACGGACUUAUCGCUAGAGGCAUUAGCCAACCUUUGGCGCAGUGUAGACCGUAAAACGUCUGUUGAUGGAGGAAUUAAGUUGGUCCACAGCAAAAACAAUUUUGAAACGGAUAGCACAAAAUAUUCCGCUCGUCUUGAUGUGAAAUUUGAACUUGGAAAAAAGUAAAAAUUGCAUCUACAUACAUAUAUGUAUGUAUAUAUAUUGUAAAAUA